AGAAAGGAUGGCCAGAAAGCCUCUGAGAUGCUAGAUGUGUCUCCUCAGGCCAGAAUCCAGCUCCAGGACCUGGAGGAAGAAGAGGCUGUGGGCAGUGCUGGGUCCAGUGAAGGGGCUAUUGAAAACAUGCCUAAGAACUCGGAGGACAAAGCCCAGAAUGCCACACCCAGCAUGCCCAGCAGAGCAAGGGCUCCGGGGCAAGACAAGACCAAGAGAUCCAGAGAAAACAACUGCAAGAAAACAGAGGAGCUCAAGCAGUCAAGGAACAGAGUCAAGGCAGACGAAAACACCACCAUGCCAAAGAACAAGAGGAAGAGGAAUCCACCUGAGCUCAGCCACAACAGCUUUAAAAAGCCUCGAACUCACCUUGGCAUGCACAUGCUAGAAUCCGUGCAAGUCUUUCAUCCACUGGGGAAGAAGAGUGAGAAGAAAACUGGCAUCUCUUCCUCCCGGGCUCGGCCAAACUUCAGAAGCAACAAAGAUCCCAGGACAGGCCCAGCCACCACAUCACUUCUGGAUGUGCCAUGUAAUGGCCGAGGCCCUGGUAAAACCCCAAGCAAUGCUCAGAGAACAGAGAGAAAUGAUUACAGGAAUGGUCGUCCAUCUCCAUCCCAGUAUAAGCUGCCCCCACCUGGCAAGGUCAAGUUAGUACCUCUAGCUUUUCCAGCCCUGGACAUGCCACAAGCAAGACCCAUUUCUACAAAGCCUCUCUCCCUGGCUUCACACAGGGCCCCUGCACUGUACCCUGUGAGACCUCAUUCUAUCUCAGCUCACUCUACCACACUCAAGCCAUCUAAACCAGCUCCUGCCAGCACUUCUUUGAUGGCCUCUGACAAGCCAGUUCUGCCAAUUGCUACCAGUGCCACACGAGAUAACAUAACCAACCCCAUCCAGUCUUGCACUGGGCCUCAGACAGCUGUCUCUAGGCCAGUAUCCUACAGGGCAUCAUCUCACCCUUCACUACAGAGGCAGCUUGCCUCUGCUGACAAGAACAAGGCCCCAUCACCUCCCAAACCUCAAAUCCAACAUCUACUGCAAGACUUCAGCCACCAACCAAUUCCAUGGAGGAAUGUCCACAUUCCAGGGCCAGUCAUCUCACAGCCCAUCACAGAAGAGCAGAGGCCAGAGAGGGAGACCAUGAAGAGGCGGGCUCAACAGGAGAGAGAGAAUGCCGCCAAGUACAACUCUCUGGGAAAACCACAGCUCUUCCUUCAGAGGCAGAAGGAUAUGGAUAUUUCCAGAUAUUUUGGCUAUGUCAUGUAAGGGCUGGCCUAGCAUUUGGAACACAGUAUUCUUCAAGAUAGAGAAGUGGUGCAAACGGAGACUUCUCUGGGAAUCACACCUCAAGCCAGAGACUCCAUCAGCUGCAGAAUGGAACUCUGCUACUCCUACACCCUGGAUUACCAGAUGAGGACACCACCUGUUAAUGGGCACAAGUCAUAAACUACCCUCAACCACAACCUUCAGAAUUCCUGGCAUUGCCACAAGCUCCAUGCCU